UGUCUUAUGAAUGAGAAGAAGACUCUUCUGUUCUCUUGCAUAUCAAAAAACAAAAACAAAGAGAAAACAAAGAAUAUGGGAAUGGCAGUAGCAGGAGUUGAUUUGCUUAGUGAAAAAGCCUUAGCCAUGAGAGAGUCUCUGCAAAAAAGCCAGACAAUCACUGACAACGUUGUUUCAAUUCUCGGUUCCUUUGACCACCGUCUCUCCGCCCUUGAAACCGCCAUGCGUCCUACUCAGAUUAGAACGCAUUCUAUUCGGAAAGCUCAUGAGAAUAUUGAUAAGACUUUGAAGUCCGCAGAGGUUAUAUUGGCUCACUUUGAUCAAUAUUAUCAGGCAGAGGCAAAAAUAGUUAAAGGGCCACAUGAAGAUGUGGAGAAAUAUCUUGAAGCAAUUGAUCAGCUGAAAAGCAACAUUAUAUUUUUUGGCAGUAAGAAAGGUUUUAAGAGUGGUGAUGGUAUUGUCAGCCAUGCCAAUAGUUUGAUAACUAAAGCUAUUUCUAAGCUAGAAGAUGAGUUUAAGCAGCUGUUAUCAUCUUACAGCAAACCUGUGGAACCUGAGUGCUUGUUUGAUUGCCUACCAAUCUCAAUGCGACCUUCAUCAGCAUCACCUGGCCAUGAAGGUGAUCCUAGUGCCAAGAAUCAUUCUUCUACUGGAACCAAUAGCCAUUCUGAUCCACAUAAAAAUAAUGCUGAUGGCGUUAUAUAUACACCUCCUGCUCUUGUACCACCAAGAGUUUUGCCACUGCUCCAUGAUUUAGCCCAGCAAAUGGUUCAAGCUGGUCACCAGCAACAGUUGCUCAAAAUUUACAGAGAUACUCGUUCUAAUGUAUUGGAAGAAAGCCUGCAAAAACUUGGAGUUGAGAAACUCAGUAAAGAUGAUGUUCAAAAGCUACAAUGGGAGGUUUUGGAAGCAAAAAUUGGAAACUGGAUUCAUUUCAUGCGUAUUGCUGUAAAAUUGUUGUUUGCUGGAGAGCGGAAAGUUUGUAAUCAGAUAUUUGAAGGAUUUGAUUCACUUAAUGAUCAGUGUUUUGCUGAGGUAACUACGAACAGUGUCUUCAUGCUACUUAGUUUUGGAGAAGCAAUUGCCAAAAGCAAGAGAUCACCUGAAAAGUUAUUUGUACUUUUGGACAUGUACGAAAUAUUGCAAGAGAUCCAUUCAGAGAUUGAAACAAUCUUUAAAGGCAAACCAUGCACCGAAAUAAGAGAAGCUGCAACGGGUUUGACAAAACGGCUUGCACAAACAGCCCAGGAGACCUUUGGAGAUUUUGAAGAAGCAGUUGAGAAAGAUGCUACAAAGACUGCAGUAACAGAUGGAACUGUCCACCCUUUGACAAGCUAUGUGAUUAACUAUGUGAAGUUUUUGUUUGACUACCGUUCUACCUUGGACAAACUUUUCCAAGAAUUUGAAGGUGAAGGUGAUUCUUUGCAGCUAGCAUCUGUAACAAUGCGAAUAAUGCAAGCUCUUCAAACCAAUUUAGACGGGAAAGCAAAGCAGUAUAGAGACCCUGCACUGAUGCACCUAUUUCUCAUGAAUAAUAUUCAUUAUAUUGUCAGAUCAGUUCGGAGGUCUGAAGCGAAGGAUUUGUUGGGGGAUGAUUGGGUACAACGACAUAGGAAGAUUGUACAGCAGCAUGCAAAUCAAUACAAAAGAAAUGCCUGGGCAAAGAUUCUUCAGACCCUCUCUGUUCAGGGCCUCGGCUCAUCAGGUGGUGGUGGGGGUGGAACUGCUGGUGGCGAUGUUGGAAGUAGUAGCGGUGCUUCCAGAGCAAUUGUUAAAGACAGGUUUAAGUCAUUCAAUACUAUGUUUGAGGAACUUCAUCAGAAACAAUCUCAGUGGACAGUACCUGACACUGAGCUGCGAGAGUCUCUUAGACUUGCAGUUGCUGAAGUCUUGUUGCCUGCCUAUAGAUCAUUUGUGAAACGUUUUGGGCCUCUAGUGGAGAAUGGAAAGACUACUCAGAGGUACAUCAAAUACACUGCAGAAGAUCUAGAACGAAUCUUGGAUGAAUUUUUUGAAGGAAAAAACAUGAAUGAAUCGAAGCGGUAAUUGGAGUGUAGAUGAAGGGACUCAAGGAAAUGAGAGUUACCAUUUAUGUCUUUGGGUGUAUAGCAAGAACUUUAGUAAGAGGGUGACCAUGUCUCUGCUUCCUGCAAUUGCAUGUAUAGUUCAUUCUUUCCUUGCGUAAAUGAUAGCCCCAUCAAGAUUUUACUUGAGCAUUGUUGUAACUCAUGAUACACGAGUGAUUUUCAAUAUAUGGAAUUUUAAUGUUUUUCUUUUUCUUUUUCCCUUUUAACUUUUGUUUUGUUUUGAGGGAGAUUAAUAUGUAAUAAGGGAUUGGUGUAGUCUCCUGUCAAAUUUCAGGUUGAUGUUUGUUCCAUUUAUUGGCGUAAAUAGCACUUUUCCUUCUUUUUCUCUUUUUCCUUUUUAAAAUUUUGCAUAUAGCAGUAUGCAUUAAUGUAAGGAGUGAUAGUUGUAUAGGGUUUUUUAUUUUCGGGGUACAUUUCUAGGUUUAAUUAUGCAUCUAGCAGAAUGUAAUAUGACUUUAGAUUUUUGAGUAUU